AAUGGGCGGAAACUUCCUAAAAUAACUCGUCUUGGAAAAGUGCACGCAAUGGCUGGCGUUCUCCCGAUAACGCGCCAGAUCGCGCGCUCCGUCCAGGAGAACAAACGCGCUUCACACGAUCUGUGCGUGUCUGAGGUCAGCGACUGUCUGAUAUUUGAUCGACACGGUGUCUGUAAAACCUUCAGCAGUUUGUUUCAACACAACAAAGCCAUCAUUGUCUUCGUGAGGAACUUCUUGUGCUACACAUGCAAAGAAUAUGUGGAGGAUUUGGGAAAAAUACCUCAGCAAAUGUUGCAGGAAUCGAAUGUCAGAUUAGUGGUGAUUGGACAGUCAUCGUGGCGUCAUAUAGAGGCUUUCUGCUCCCUGACAGGCUACUCUCAUGAAAUAUAUGUUGAUCCGGAGAGACAAAUUUACAAAAAACUUGGGAUGAGAAGAGGAGAGACAUUCAUGGAGACACCGUCCAGCAGUCCUCAUGUGAAGUCUGGGCUCGUGAUCGGGAAUCUGCGGAGCGUGUGGCGUGCCGUGAACAGCCCUGCGUUUGACUUCCAGGGAGAUCCGCUGCAGCAAGGAGGCGCUCUCAUCGUAGGCCCAGCUCCAGAGGUUCAUUUUGCUCAUUUUGACAUGAACCGGUUGGACCACAUGCCCAUCAACUGGUUGCUUCAGUUAGCAGGCCUUCAAACGCUGGACUUCAGCGGUUCACACAAAAUCAUUCACAUCUGAAGGGAAAGGGAGCUUUUAAGAGUUAGACAUGAUGGAAAGGCGCUCGAUGCUUUAUAAUGCAAUGCUGGUCUUUGUUUGAACUAUGUAAGGGUUCACAAUUGUUGUUUUUUUAUAUUUAUCAUUUGUGUUUAAUAGGAGCAAGCCAUUCCACUGCUAGGGACCCUUGAUUAUAUUUGAUACAUUACACACACACAAAAAUAU